CUACUUUGUCGGUCGUGAGCAAUGCCGGUCAAUUUUGUUUAGUACGGCUAUCACUCUCAAUUGCGAAUUCGGCUUCGGCGAUCAGAAGGGAGGUUGAGCACGCGCGAGGAUAAAGCCGAAUCCCGGUCUUGAAUCGUGUUGCCAUCGGUCGGUGGUCGGUACCGUCGUCGAAGAUUGCGAACCAGACUCGGGCAUAGAGUGGAUCUACCAGCGGUAGUGGCCGGUCGAACGCCGGCAGUUGCGCUCAGUCCGUGUAACAGUGCGGUGUUGGCUCCUGCUCCUCCUUACCGGUUCAGAUGCACUGGCUCUGAUGGGUCCUCCGGAGUGUAAGGGUGGCAGAGGAAGGAUAGUGCAAAGAUUAAACCAAAUCGGGAGGCCAAGCCAAAGUGGUGUGCUUAACUUGUUGUGGACAUAGAAAAGUUUUUUUGUGUAUUUUUUUUUUUUUUUGACAAGUGUAGACAUGCCUCGGUCAAACAGCCUUCAGUUCUUGUGUUGUGUUGAAUGUGUAUUUGCGUGCUUGUUAUGUUCCAUUCUGUUGGUUUGAAUUUUUGGUUGAUUUUUUUUUCGCUCGAGGAAGCAGACACGAAUACUGAUCGAUGUUAGAAAUAUGUUCGCGUACGACGUGUACAGAAAAAUCCACGAAAAAGAGGCGCAAUAAUGUAUGUAAUCUAAAAAAUGCAGACCCGGAAGUAGGGUGUUUUUAAGGAACUUAUGUUGUCUAGUCGAACGAUUAGCGAGACGACAACGUAUCGAAUUAAAACAUUGAACAAAUUAUCCUCGAUGAAAAACGUUAUAACCAUCACACAGCCCACAGGAUGAUAUUCUGCAAUCAAUAAUCUUUAUGAAUGCUAAUCUACACUUUGAAAAUCUAAACGGUUGCUACGCAGUGCUAUGCGAUAUGGGCAACAGGAACAUUUGGGUGUGCAGUUUCAGACAAGCCCACGUACGCUCAAGUACACAAUUCGUAGCUGUUUCCUGUCCUGUACUGAUAAGAAAAGUACACAUAAAAUUUGCGAAAUUUGCACCCCAGCAGCUAUAAAACCCCCUCGCAGAACCAGUGUCCAAUCCGCACCCAUCGGCCAGAGAAUCUGCAAAAAAUCAUCAAAUAAAACCAUGAAAGCGAACCCCAACUCCCACCGUAUUACAAAGACGGCUCGAACCAAUCGGCAAGAAAACCUUCAAAUCAACGAACCAAAAAAAAAAUUGGAGAACAUACGAAAGAUGAACAAAUAUUUGCAAAUGAUUAUCACACGAACACUGGCGAAAACCAGCUGAGAUAGAACCUGUCACUGAUGAAGUUGGCCCGUGGAAGGUCAUGGAGCAGCGACGCGAAGAGCGGCUUACCACUACCACCAAAUAGGCACGACGAAAAAAAAACGCUAGCGAUAAGUGUGCGGCUCUUAACUCAUCUGUUUCGCGAAUUUUUUUUUUCGCGCUACUGCUACCUCUUCUUGUCCUUCUCCGUCUACGACUUUGUGAACUCGCAGAAACCUUGGAGCGUUUUUUUGCCCGAAAUUGGCUGGUGUUUCUGAGACUUGCGAAAACGUACGAUCAUCAUCGUCAUCGCCACCACACCAACAUCUAAAGUCGAAACUACUAUUUCUAUUGAGAUAUUUUUUUUUGCUGUCGUGAACAACUCCCUCCGAUGCUGGAAUCCAUUAUACUGGAAGAAAGUUAAGCCCCAGAAGAGAGUUGUGUAUUUUUCAUAAGUUAUUUUUGUCCUGUUUUGUGAGAACGAAAAAAAAAAGUUUUAUAUUGUUUUGUUACUCUUUGAACCGAAAAAACACCGUUGUUGUUGAGCGAACGACACAAAAGGGGGAAAGAGGAAAAACGUUAUCAGUUUUCACUUAGUUUAUUGUUUUUGCAACGAAAAGUUGAUUCGAACCUUCUGGCAAAGCGAAAAAAAGAAACCGCCACAGUGCAGUGCAGCAAAGAGAUCCAAACUGACAUAAAACAAUGAUGAUCGAUCGUGUUCGUUUGUGGAUAUCCGUAAUUGGAAAAGACACAAUUGGUUCGGAGAGUUCUGGAAAUCGAGAAACGACGAAUCACGACCCAGAACCAACGGCGAUGGCGGGCGAUGAUGUCAAACAGAGUUGCCGGCGCACUGAUGGAUGAGUCAAUUACAUCAACAAAUUGCAGAUUGGAUAUUAAACGCUGGAGAACAAACGUUAAUCUGAAUAACGAGCUACUCACUAGCUGCUCACCAUGUGCUAAGAACUGGCUGGCACCACUUGCAAUUACUCAUGAAAGGCAGCCAUCCAGCCAGCCAGCGUGUAGCGCCGCCGUCGUUACAGCCUUACAUGAGGAUCCCUGGAGGCGAACCGCCCCAGCAGCAGUGUGCGAACCGACCACAUAUCAUAGGCUACACGUCACACGGCACAGAUUGUGAACAGGUUAGGUGUAUCAGAGAAGUUUUCUCGUUGCUUUACUCACUGUAAUGCGGCUUUUGAUGGAAUUAGUACUGCGAGUGUGAUGGAGAAGGUAGUAGUAAGCAGUAUGCUGAAAGGUAUGUUAGUUUAAUUGAAACUUUGAAUAGGAACUCUUUUGCGAAUAAAUUGGCUGGAAUGGCACGUGGACGUGUCCAAGAGAUUGGUCCUCGCCAUGUAUUUUCAUCAUUUUUUGCUGGUGAAAAGUGCGGGUUUGAAUGGGGAAGACGGAGAAGGAAAAACACAGCAUUAGAGAAACGGUAGCACAUCACAAAGAAAGGAUUUCUUCACUUGUGAUUGCGGUUUUUACUCUGCACCACACGGGAUAACGAACGAUUCGCAUCGUACUACUUACCUACAAUGCAAUUGUAGGUCCUACUUUGCAGUCCACCAUGUGAAAACUGUGCUGCUGGUAUUGAGUUCAGUAGUGCCAUCUACAGCGAAAAAGCCUCUGUAUUUCAAAUAGGAAAAACGAACCUUAACCUCUGAAGUUUUUCGCUAGUGAACCACAAAAUUUUAAUACCCAAUCUACUGUUCACUCAUCCUCAGUAUCCAAUACUUGUUGGUGCUCGCAGUUCAUUUUAUUCCUUUCUGAGCAAGCAAAUGAGGACCACUGCCAUUUGUGCAGGUUUUAGAAUACGUACCCUACAGUCGGUUGCGUAACCAAGAGCCAUUAGAAGGGUUGGUUAAACCAAAAUAUUUUGGUGUGCAAACAACUUUUGCUAAAUAAACAGAUUAGAUAGAUAGGUUGGAUAAUUUCAUAGCGAGUUUGAUAUGCGUACUGAUUUGUUGACCUUUGUAGGCGAGGCUUACGCCAUUAUCGACUAGCCGUAAGAUACCUAAACAACCUCUCACGAGAAAAACUUAAACCUUUACAAAGAAUCUCCUCUGCCUAGAGUUUUAGGGAGUAGUAAAAAAUGUCCCCACAUUAAAAUCACACAUGAGCCAAUAGAGUAUAACGGUUUGUCGUUUUGAGUGGCGUAGUUCUUUUCAAUAGUUCUGCAAAAGAAUGCAAAAAGUGCUUUUUUGAAAAGAUACACUAUUUUAUCCCGUCCAGUACCAUUGUUAUUAAAAAUCUUUGCUUUGUGUGCAUGAAUCAACCAACCACGUGCUUCCAUAUAUACAUGUAAGACUAAAUCGAAUCGGUGAUUACAUCGUCGAUCUCAACUGUGUGAGCGGCAUGUAGAUGCGCUAGUCCUUCAUAAAAGGUUUGUCACCAGUAACGUAAUUUGCUUACUUUAGACACAAUAUUACAGUUUUGAACUUAUCCGGGCGAACUUUCGAGAUAUCAAGAAGUCAAAUCUGAAGAUAACAAAUCAAAAAUGUGAUCAACUACUUUCACUUGAAGUAUGACUAGAUUCUAUUGAUUUCCUUAAGAGUAUUCGUAAAAACCUUUGUCAGCAAUAGGUCAUAUAAGCAUUCGUUGUUUUGCUCGCAUGUGAAAAAAGAUGGAUGGGACAUAACCGGAAUGCCGUGAUGGCACUCGGAUUGGCGAUUUAAACCUAAUAAUAUGCACCGUAAUCAGAAAUCCAAUAUACAGCUCCUCAAAUUGUCUCAUCAAUAUAUUGGUUUUGGCAUACAGAUAAAACACGUCGAAAAAUAUCCCUAUGCAAAUUUUGAGCUCAAUCGGAAAAAGCACCUCAAAAAAGUCUAUGCAAAAUUUCAGCUCAUUCAGACAUCAGGCAUACUGAACGGGUUGCACUUAACGGUCAAAGUGCAAAAAUUUUCAUCCGUGAAAAACACCAAGGACCCUUUGAAUAUUCAAAAAUCGUAUUUUUAUGCUUAAUGUCUUAUAAUGUCAUGAACAGUCGAGAUCUGAUGUAAUAUCGAAAAAAAACACUAUUGGAAAGUUAAAAUUUGGCGUCAAGUAAAAAAUAUAUUAUUUUUUAAAUCUCAGUCACAACAGUAAAUAUGCCAGAGAGGCACCUUUUUCAAAAAAAAAAAUCGACGGACGAUGUAAGAUCUGACGUUUAAUGCAUUUCUAAGAUAUUUCGCAUCAAAAAUAAAUUAAAAGCUUACUUUCCAAACUCCAAAAUUUUCCAAGUUAAAUAAAGGCGUUGAACAAAAUUUAUUUUUUGAGGUGUCACUAGAUAUUGAACUUUCAUGGCAUUUGAAAACAUUUAGCAUCAGGAUUCUUUAUUCGAUUUUUGAAUAUUUAAAAGGUUCUUUCUCGGGUGAAAUUUUUGGCACCUUUAAAGUUAAGCGCUACCUCUUAAUUAUGUCUGAUUGCGCUUAAAUUUUGCACAAAGAUUUUUCUCGCGGUGCUAGUGCUUUUGCGGUGUGUCUAGUUAUAAAAUUCAAUAAUUCCUUUUUCCAUAUAUGUCACUUGCACACUAGUAUAUAGUGACAUGAAUAGAUGCUCCCUCCGUCGCCUUCAAACACCUAGCGUAAACUGAUUUCAUGAACAUACAGUUCAAGAUUUGCGACUGGAUAUUACAUGAGCGAGUAUCAAGCUCGAACGAACUGCUAAUUUACAAGCUUCCAACCAUUGUAAAUGAAUUUGACGGAACAAAUAUUCAAACAAAGCCUUCGAAUAGUUGUAUGAUGGAAGCGGGUUGAAUUCCCUACUACAUCGUAAGCUCAGUAAACUGAUCACACAUACAGUCUUCCGGAACAAUCUAUCGUCCGUCGCCUUCAAACACCUAGCGUUAACUUAUUUCCCAAAGUGUCCCGAAAAAAUGCUCCGCCCGUCACCUUCACACAUCUGACUUUAAAUGGUAUUAGAAACGACUCCGCAACGAAAUUAUAUUUAAAAUUUCACCAAACUAUAAUGUUCUGUGGCUCCCCAUAUUGAUGGCUUUGCCCGAAAUAGGCUGAACAUUUUCAGUUUUCUGUAUUGCGCUUGAACGAUUUUUCGAAAAUUAUUUUCCACAUUUUUUUAUAAGCCAUACAUAUCUCGAAAAUGAAUGAAAAUUGAUUAAAAUUACGCUGGCUGAUGUAUUCAUUACUGGCUCAAAACUAAGACUCCGCCGAGGGCGCCAGAAGACCACGCAAUGACCCUGAGUAUAUUGUUAAUAGAUAGCUUAUGAAAGAUGGACUAAGUAGGUUAUCCAUAAAAGUGUAAUAAUCGCAGUCCCAUUAGCAUGUGUAAUGUCGUCAUGAAGAAAUUUGUGACAUUUUGUUACAUGGGGGGAGGGGGAGUCAAUUUUGGGCAAUUUUUGCGUUACGUAAUUUAUUAAUGGUCCCUAACAUGUGUUGAUUUCGUGGAUGAGUACGAUUUUACAACCUUUCGCAUAUUCGCGUGUAUUCUUGUGAUCAUACGAAUCGUGAAUCUGAUACCUUAUAAUGUUCGGAUCAGAUGCUAGAAGAGUAUAUUUUCCCAUAUCACUAGAGUUCACGGUCAUUUCGAACGUAUUGCCUAAUGGAAAUGAGCGUCGGCUUUUCUGAUUGGUCGAACUGAAGGCAUGAGUCUAGGCUGCUAGGACCGAGAGUAGGGACUUCCAAACGUAACCGCUUCAUGAUCGCACGAGCACGGGCAUUUGUAGAUUCGCUCUAUAGACCGUGUUUGUAAAUUUAUAAGUACUAAAACGUUCACUUAAUUACCGAGGAGUUUUAAUGUUGACAAGAUAGCGGGCGUGAGUAUGUGUGGAUGAUUGCAAUUGCAUGUUUGCUUUUGUCAUCUGGUUUGUAUUAUCGCGAAGACCACGAGUGUUUGUACGUUUGGAAUGAGAGAGAUUGAAAUAUGCAUAUAUGCAAUUUAUUUUGUUAGUGAGUGUUAGAUUUAAUCCAAUUUAAGAUAUAGUAAGAAAUGAAAUGUAGCAAGCCAAAUAAGAUGCAAAGAAAUAAAGUAUAAGCGUAUAAAUUGACCGAUAUUAUUUUUUGGUAUACAUGAGUAGUGGAAAAGCAAACCGAUAGAAGUAUAACAGCAGCAGACUAAUG